AUGCGAUUUCUACUAGUUUUUUCCCUUAUUAUUAAUUUCAUGAUUUGCACUGCAUUUCAACCCGUAAAAACAUUGAAUAUUCAAAGAAGAGUUGAAGAUUUAGAUGAUAUUCAAGAUCCAUUUGAAGUCCAAUGUAAGAAGUCAAAAAAAUUUCAGAUAUAACAAAAUAUAAUUUUCAGCACCCUCUCAAAUCCUCUCCUCGCUCAAUAAUUCGACAAAACGCCUGAAAUUGGAGAUGGACACCAAGAAAUAUUUGGAAAAAUUCGGACCUCAACAACUAUUGGAUUUGGUGUUGAGAAAAGUUCACGAGACUCAGAGCAUUUUCAAUCCCAAAGCCAAGGUGGCUUUUGAGCAAUUUUUGGAUUUUGUGGAAAAUGUGAGUGUGGAAUUGCCACGUGGCGAGUUAGGGAAUUUUUCAUAGCUUCUGGGAGCUUUUGGGGUUUCGAGUAGAAAUUAGAAAAUUUUUGAGGAUAAAAUCCACGUGGCAUUAGAUAGAAGUUGAAGAGCUAGUUGAAAACAAAUAGGAAUGUGGAAUAUUGAAAAAAAAUAUAAAAAUAAUAGAAAAAAUGAAAAAAAUGAAAAAAAUUUAAACGGAUUUUCCUCUUUUUCCACAAGUCUUGGCUUGUGAGCAACUGAGAUACAUUAUACGGCACCUGACAAGACGUGUCCAAAAUGGACACUGUACAAAAAUUUUCAAAAGCCACACUGUACAUUUUUUCAGGAAUAGUGUAGUUUUCAUUGAUUUUCAGCGGUUUUUGAUGACAAUUUUCAAAGAAUUCAAAAUUUCACGCCAGGUGUGAUUCUACCCCAAACUUACCUGAUAUAAUUUAAUUUAACACAAAUCACUGUGUUUUCUUUCACCCAAAACCAAACCCAAAACCCAUUAAACUAACCUGACAUGAGUUGCAGUUGUAUCCUCAAACCAAAUCCACAAAUGCAUUUUGUUUUGCAUCAUUGAAAUUGAACCAACAUCGGGGCUCACUGAAUUCCGAAUUCUCAAAGCAAAUCUGGAAUUUCUCUGGGUCAUAUUUAGAAAGAAAAAUAAACUCGAUCUUACCUUUAAUUGAGAGCUUUCAUCGAAGACAGGCCGAAUACAAAAUAAAAUAACUCAAGAAAUGAGCGUCCAACCUGAAAACAAGAGAUCUAGCGUGAUUUUUUUUCGAAAAAUGAUAAUGUCAACACGUUUUUCGACAAAAAAUAAAAAAAAUCAUUUCACAAUCAAAAAUGUUUUGCCAAUCGAUAAAGAACAACGAAAAAUUGUUGAAAUCCCGCGUGAUCUACACUAUUCAAAUUUUUGCGGGGGGUCUAGGAUUUAUGAAUUUUUUAAAAAAUCAGGUUGAUUUUUGAGAAUUUUGGAAAUUUCAUUGUGGGAAAAAAAUAAAACUCAUUUCUAAUUAGCUAAAAAUCAAAGACAACGUUUUAUUUCUGAAAAAAUUCUGAAAAUAAUUUUCAAAAUCCAAAAUUUUCAAUAAUUUUUUACCAAUUUCCGAAAACGUGGAUUUUUAGAUUUCGAUUCUCAAGUUUCCAGAUGAUCUACUCGACCGCCGCCCAACGCAUCGAAAAACAGCUCAAACUCGACUUCACCAAAACCAAGCCUCCUCCCCAAAAAACUUUGCAUGUCGGUGAAUUCCGUCGCGACGCUCCAGCUCUCGGCGAAUUCCGUCAAAACUCGGUGCUCAUAGAUGUUGCAGCAGAUGCGCCUUUAUAUCGUCAACCAUUGGAACCAUCGAAGUUGGCCUAUUUUUCGACGUUGAAUUCCGGCGAAGAAUUGGUGAAGGUGGAGAAGAAAGAUAUUCGUCGAUCACCGAUUCGAAAAAAUCGCAAGAUUUCACAAGCGAUGUUUGAGAAAGCAAUGAAGACCAUUGAACAAGAUCAGAAGCGAAUCAGAAGAAAAUCAUUGGUUUCGAAGAAACUUCGACGAGCUCGAAAACUUCCAAUCUCUCGAGUUAACCGAAGACGAAGCCCUGUUAGAAAAGCGGCUGGCCUCAAUGAAAAAUUGCACCAACUAUUGGGUGAAUACGGUGUCGAUAGUUUCCUGAUCGAAACUUCCGAGUACACCGUACGCGCUUUUGCGGACCCAAGGAAAACGCGAAUUUCAAAAUUGACUUCUACAAUUGAAAAUGAAAAUGAGGAGAGGAAACCGGCGUUUAUUUACAGUGUAAGUUCAAGUUUUGCCACGUGGCAGGCAACCUAUGAGGUUUUUUUCAGAGAUCUGUCGAGAAACCGAUUGCCAAAAAAUUGCUGCCGAAAUCCACGAAAACCACGUUCGAAAGACUACUGUAG